AUGGCAAGAACCAAGCAGACCGCGCGUAAAUCCACCGGUGGUAAAGCGCCGAGGAAGCAGCUCGCCACUAAGGCUGCCCGCAAGAGCGCCCCGGCUACUGGCGGUGUGAAGAAACCUCACCGUUACAGGCCAGGUACCGUGGCUCUGCGUGAAAUCCGCCGUUAUCAGAAGUCCACUGAGCUGCUCAUCCGCAAGCUGCCCUUCCAGCGCCUGGUUAGAGAGAUCGCUCAGGACUUUAAGACCGAUCUGCGCUUCCAGAGUUCUGCCGUCAUGGCAUUUUACAACAUUUUACAAAUGUAAAUAUUUGUAUUAUUACAUGAAAUGUAUCAAUUAAUGUAAUAUUACUGUACGUGUAUGAUGUAAAUGAUAUUUGUAAUGUGAUAUAAAUUUGUACAAUAAAGUUUAUUUAAAAACCCUAAGUC